GCAGACCGCGCGAACUGCACCAGUAGAAAAAAAUGGCGUUGCAAAAUCUGCAGAUUUCUAACCAGGGAGAACUUUCAGAAUUUUCUUUCUCGGACUUUUCAGACUUUUGCUCUUUGUACCAUAGCACCAAAGAAAGCCAUGCACCAACGCAAGAAAGCAAUACUGUGGUAUUUAAUCCAGGGAAGAAGCGAAAAAUGUCGAACCAACACCACGAUGAACACAUGCCCAACAAGCAACGAGCUCCGCAACAACUACACGCUCAACAAUUCUUUUGUGACAUCUGCAAAGUACAACUCAAUUCUCUGACCCAAGCAGAACAGCACAAACGAGGGAAAUCCCAUCGACUUAAGGAACAGAACAAACAGAGUCAACCUUAUGCAAUGAACCCGGUGAGGACUCUCCCAUGGGACGUUCCACUUUUUAUCUGUACACUUUCGAACAGCGGGGGCUUUUUUUUUCUUUUAAGAAACCGCCAAAACUUGGAUCCUUGGGACGAAAUUUCCUAAGGUGCCGAAAAAAAAUGAACCCUUGGGAUUUCAUUUUUCAAAGGACACCAACAAAAAUUUGAGGGUCAUCUGAAGGGGGGGCGGGAAGGGGGGAGGUUGUGGAUACAAAUGGAACGCCCCCAUAUGUAUAUGUAUAAAGUAUGCGUUUAACUUUUAGAUUAACAAGACCACUGCUGCAUUCAGUUGCAAAAUACAGCAGUUGAGACAAUAAAACCAAAACAACCGUUUUCCCUUACUCAGUGCACCUCAAAGGAAACAGGGUUUGCCCUUAAAGAAUUUUGUUAAAAAGUUAUUUUUUUCUUGUUCAUGACUGAAGAUUGUGUCAAAAAAAAAUUCAAUAAUUUUUUACUCUUUUGCUUUAGAGACCCUCAAUUUUUAUCACUUGCCCCUGAAGAAUUCUUUUGGUCCUCAACUGGGGGGUGUAGAUAUUAAAUGCUGCAAUAGCCCAUUCGUUGGGGGUAGCUUGGAGGCUUGCCAGUCACUGACAAUGUGGCUACUGGAGACAAAGUGUCUUUUAUCUCUGCAAGUGAGAGGUGGGCAGUUUUAGCUUGAUUAGAGGGUUUGACUUUGAACUAAUUCCAAACCACCCCAUGAAGAUCUACUCUAGAAGAAAUGGAUCUUGUUUACUGUGGGUAAUGUUGACUGAGAUAUCGGUCGAUAUAGCGGUCGACACUCGGUCGAUAGUCGGUCGACACUUGGUCGAUAGUCGGUCGACACUCGGUCGACAGUCGGUCGAUACUCGGUUGACACUCAGUCGACACUCGAUUGACAGUCGGUCAAUAUAGCGGUCGAUGGUCGGUCGAUAGUGGGUCGACACUCGGUCGAGACACGGUCAAUAGUCGGUCCAGAUGUGUCUUGGCCGAUAUAGCUUUUCGUUCAUCGACACUUCGCCGACAUUUCGCCGACAUUUCACCAACACUUCGCCAACACUUCGCCGAUAGUUGGUUGAUAGUUGGUCGAUACUUGACCGAUGUAUCGGUCAGUAAUUGGUCGACACUUGGUCGAUGGCAGGUCAACACUUAGCAUUUCCUACAUUUUUUGGCUUUGAAAACAAGAAAUUAGAAAGCAUUUUCUAGCUUGGACCUAACUGUUUUUUUAAAUUGUGUUUCUGCUUUUUUAAUUUCAAACUUCAAUGUACUUAGCCAAAAUUCCGGAAUAAUAGCUAUUAGUCAUUUAUCUAGCCUAUCUGUAUCGAUGGCCACCACCUUUUCGCAGACGUUUCCUCCCCUCGUUUUUUUUUUUUUAGGGGUGGGCGUAGCCGGCUAGAAUUGAAUCAUGAAGACGUCCGCUAAGUGAGAAUGAUAGGCCUUCAGCUUCUUGUUAUGUGAUUUAUUCCCACCGUGUAAGGCCUAUAUCUGGCUGAUUUUUCCUAUGCCGAGAAUUUUUCAACCGACUCAGAACUACACUGAUGAAAAAAGGUAUUUACAGUUCAUUUUUUUAAACUUGUUUAUCCUUAUCCGCAUACUGUUUUUCUUUUAUUGGAUGACCAAAAGUGACUUACUAUUCAAUAUUAAUUUCUGUAUGUGCAUGGUCAUCUUUAUUUUGAACACAAUAUAAAUAUAAAGCGAAAGGACAGAGGAAAAGGACAGGAUAAUGUAAUGAGAACGUAUGAGUAUUUUCCUUGCUGUAAAUUGAAAUCAUUCCCACAAUAAAUGAAUGUGUUCAGUCUGCUGGAUAUUUUUGUCACCUUCCUCGGCGCAUUAUCAGCGCGUUUUAUCAAUAACUGAUCGUUAAACGAAGGACUGUUCCUGUCUUCAGUGCAGAAAUAUAUAAGUUUAAUUUGUGGUCUCUGCACAAACGAGAACUUGGCGUGAUGGAGCAGGUCAAAGCCCGAUAAUAAAAAAUGUGUAUUCCUCGCUCUUAAAGCAUGUCAUGUACUGCCUUUUCCUAUUCAUUAUUCGUCCACUUCAGGACUUCGGGAGCAGUCGUUUCACUCGUCCUUAUUAAGUAUUCUUCGACUGCGGGACCACAGGAGCAGCAGAUUCAACUUAGGCUGAGACAGGUUCUGUUUAACAGCUAAAACUCAGACGAUCGGUGAUGAUACAAACUGGAAAAAAAAAAGGUUAUCAUGUCCUUAGUUCCCAGUGCUCUUCGGUUCUCUUCAUAGCGUAAUUGCGCCUCGCACAGCCACAUGUUCCCCAUCACAUGAUAACAGUAAUUAAUGAAGUCUUUGCUUAAAAAAAAAGCCAUUGGACUCACCUGAUAAAUUAACACAUGACAGUUCACCGAUAUACCACCGACAGUUGACCGAUAUACCACCGACAGUUGACCGAUAUAUCACCGACAUAUGACCGAUAGUAAGUCGAGGUGCAUCGACGAAAUAUCGACCGAUACUCAGCCGAUAGUCUAUCUCACUAUCGACCGACUACCGACUGACCAUCGACUGACCAUCGACCGACCAUCGACCGACUAUCGACCGACUGUCAACCGACUAUUGACCGACUGUCGACCGACUGUCGACUGCUAUAUCGACCACUCUGUCGACCGAUAUCUCAGUCGACAUUACCCACAGUAAACAAGAUCCGAAGAAAUAAUGUGUAGUAGAAAAAAUUGUGGAGAUUGUCACUAGGAGUACAUGUGGUUAUGGUUUAAAGCAUUGGUUAGGGUAAUCUGCAUAAUGAUGGUGGCUAUCUCAACAACUGAGUCCUGAUUAUUCUUUUCUGCAACUUUUUUUUGCUAGAUGAAGGAUUCAAAUGAAGAGCAUUCUGAAAGCUUGGAACUGUCUUUCAGUUUUACAUGUACAUCUGAUAUACCACCUAAACUCAAAGCUUUGCCACUUGAUGAUGUCAGUCUAGAUUGCCUUAUCUGUGGAAGGAAAUUCAACUCUACUAUGCAAGUUGCGCAACAUUUUAAUAGCCAAUCCCACCAACGCAAAUUGCAAGCCUUGAGUCAAACAGGAGGUGAAGGCAAUAUAAAAGAGUUAACUGUUCCUUCUAGCUUAGGAACAGUUGUCUCACAGGAACAGCCAGAAAAAGCUCUGUUACAAGACACCAAUACAAGUGAAACAGUAUCAUCCGCUAAUAAAGAAACUAAUGAACUGCACUGUGAAUUUUGUCGCUUGACAUUGAACUCCAAAAGUCAAAUGGACAUGCAUCUUAAGGGGAAAAUGCACUGGAAAUCUGUUUCUAGUAUGUAGCAAAAUACUCUCUAAGUAUAUUUAUUUAGAAAGAUUAAUGUAUGAGUGGUCCAGGAUACAAUGCAAGGUUAAGAUGGCUUAAUAUUGAUAUAGAUGUUGUGGUUCAGUUUUAUCCUUGGUUUUAAUGUUAUUUUCUUUUGUUUCAAACUCAUUAUCAGACAUCAAUAUACCCAAAAACAAAAGAGAAUAGAAUUUAAACCAAGGAUAAAAUUGAACCUCAACAUAUGUAUUCAGCUUCAUUGAAUGAUCAAGCUUGAUCAAAAAAGGCUCGGCAGCUAGCAAAAUGAGAGAACUUCUUGUCAAAAGGACUCUGAAAUUGAAGAUCUUUUUGAAACCCUGAUGUGGGCUAUUAUACUCUGCAAUGUCGCUUAAGUUCUCCCAGACAUAAACUACGGAUUGGAAAAAAAGUUAGUGGUGAUCCACAAAAAUGAAGACUGAAGUCAAAAUCAUAAUAUUGGUACUUUUAUAAACUUUGCCAGGUGACAAAUGCCUUGGUUAUUAACGUGAAUCAGACACCUGGAAAAAGAGCAAUCAACCAUAGAAGAGAAAUGCUAUAAAAAUAGAGUAACACACUCUGUAAUAACUUAGAAAGAAAACAGUAGUUUUUUGCCAAGAUAUGCAAGAAUCUCGAGUGCAAUAUUAUUUUUUAGAAUUGGUAGAAUUCUGAGAGAGGAGUCUAAACUGGAAAAUAUUAAAAAGUUGCUUUUGCCCCAUGUGCAAAAUUAAACUGCCACUAAAAUUGACAUAGUACAGUUUUGAAGUUUUUGUUUGGAGUAUCAGUUAUCACACUCAGCUUUCUAAAGGAGGUGGACAUUCCCCAUAAGAUAAAAGUUUUCCCUUAAAACAGCGAAUUUUCCAAAACCCUUUAAAAUAUUAUUACUGGUAACAAUGUGUAUUAAAUUUUCCAUAUAUCUUUUUGUUGUAAAUAUUUUAGGAGCAGUUUUGUUACCCACAGUUGGCGAUCCUCCGAUGAAGUUUUACUGUGAUGAAUGCAUCAUGAGCUUUAACUCCCAGAUUCAAAUGGAGCAACAUUUAAGUAGUCCAAAGCACAUUAACAGAGUACAAAGGCAACAAGCAUGCGAGCAGUCUAGAGGCCGGACAAUUAGAGGAAGAGGGCGAGGCCAGGGAAGGGGUAGAGGAGGAACAUGUAAGUAGAAAAACUUACAGCUACAUACAUUAGUCUGUUGUGGCAGUUGUUAGGACUAAAGGUCAAUAAAAGUGAUGAUGAUGUUGAUGGUAAUGAUGCUGGUGCAGACAAUGGUUGAUAUUCCAAGGGAACAACUUAAUUAGCCAGAAGAACCCAAGCUGUUUCAGCGGCUAGGUGUAAUCUGAUCACUUGUCUCAGUCAAUUCAUUUGCAGGGUUUGAGCCAGACCGCGUCUUUGCGCCAAUCCCUCACUGCAAUUUGAAAUUGUCCCUUAAAAAAACAGCCAAGGGGACAAUUUGUCCCCUUCAAAAUUUAGAGAAAAAUGCUGGAAAGGAAGCACACACGAAGAGAUUUAUUUCAGUACAGAAGUUGCAAGCUAAAACAGAACAUGGAAAGUUUCAGUCACGCUCUACUGAACACGUACGUCUCAUGCUCAACCAAGCAUGGUGAACACGCCUGGCAAUCGUUAACGUGUCACAUUGAAAAUGUGUUCGAAAAUUAGAAAGCUUUUUCACUCCAAAUCAAAGCCAGAGUGAAUCAGAGAAAAAUGGUACAGAAGAAGAACAGUGUAUUAAUCAGGAAGAAACGGAUGAGGAUCGAAGGAAACUGAAAAAAUCACGAGACCACACGUGGUUGCGCUAUGAAAAGGAGGCGAUGUUCUGCUAUUUUUGUCGGAAAUCUAAGAAGAUGAACCCCUUUGCAUCAGCAGAAGGGUGUACAAAUUUCUGUCCCCCUAAAAACAAAAAUGUCCCCCAAAAUUUUAGCAAGGGGGACACGUUGUCCCCCAGUGAUCAAAUUCAAAUCCUAGCUCAAACCCUGCAUUUGAGUUACUAUUUUCUCUCCCUCCCUCCUGCCCUGGGGUUUCUCUUGAGUCCUCAGGACCUUGGUUCAUUAUUAAUGAUGCUCAAACAGAUUUUCUGGCUUGUUAUUAGCUGAAGUGUGUAUGGGACAGGGGGGAUAAUUUUGAGGAUUGUGGGUCAAAUCUUUCUUCAUGCAAACCAGUUUAAAUUUUUGUUUUCUUGGUCUCAUGUUAUUAAUAGUAGAAGAUCUGAAACAAAGGAAAUUGAGUAGCAAAUAAUAUUUGACAAAAAAAAUUUCAGCCUUAAAGAUUGAAAGAUGGUGGUUGUAGGUAAUUGUGUUUAUGUACAAAUAAUUAUUGAUUUCCAGAAAUAUACCCUAAGAAAAUGAAUAACACAAUAAUAUUGGCCUUUCAGCAUUAAGAGGUUGGCAAAAGAACAGAGGAAGAGGUGCUGUGUUUUCCAAGUUCCCACCUAUUUCAUCAAGUUUUGUUAAAGCAAGCAGCAAUUUGACAGGCAUGGUUAACCCAAAUGACUCAUUAAGUGGACAACAAACACAAUCAGCUAAUCGUGAUGUUAACUUUAAUGUGCAAAGACCAUCUUUGUGUAAACUCUAAAAAUAUUUGUCCGUUUAAUACAUUUUUGGCAAUGUUUUUCCAUAGGGAUUGUAAGAGUAUGAAAUAUACAGAGUAAAGUAAUAUAAUGACAAUUCUGGAAAACAAAACCCUUAUUGAACCUUGGUAACAAACAUUACAAUAUUUUAUUAAUAUUGUAGAUGCUUUAGUGUUAGGUUAUAAAUCAGUGGUUAGUAUCUUAAGUGGUGGCCAAGAAGGCUGACAUGUAUUUAUCUUUUGAGAUUUUGCUAUGUGUUCAGUCUUUGUCUUACUUUAAUGUUUUAAAUAUUUAAAGUUCCUUAGGUGAUGAAUUCAAGCUUUUGUGGCAAAACUCAAUGACAGUUGUUUCUGGCCACUAUAUUGAUGUCCCUCAGAGGGUUUCCAACAUGCCAUCUCCCCCUUAAGCUCUAAAAAGUUGGUAGAAAUAUUCUUCAAGUAUCUUGCCUAUGAAAAAUUGCACAGACCGGAGUUUUGGUGAGGCAUUUUGCUUAUUUAUCCUCUAUUAUUUCACAGAUUCUGGACUUUGACUUUAAUUUUCAUUGGUGCAACAGUGACAACCAGCAGUGUGUCCUGGGUGUUACAAUAAAGUAUUGAAAAAUACAAACAAGAAAUCAACUAGGAAAAAAUGAACAAUUACCUUUUAUCAAAACACAGUUUCAAUCCAUUUGUUACCUUUUCCCAUUUUGUUAAUCUGUUUCUUCACUUACAGUCAAACCAGGUCAAGCGUUCGCGUCGCUAACGAACUAAUGAAUUCAUUCGCGGAAAAAUGAUUUCGUUUGUUGAUUCAAUAAUCC